GGAAGUUGAAAAAAGUGUUGAAACGAAAAAUAAGUCAAUGCUCCGUCACUACAUUCUACUGAAAGUCGUCAAGGAAAGACAGACCUAAGUCAAGGAAAGACAGACGUAACGAGUGACGUGUGAAGUUUCCCACCUGCAGAAUGGAGAGAACGACCAACUCAACGCUGUCCUCGGACAUGGAGAGUGAGGAAAAAGACAUGUCUUCUGUGCUCAUCUCCUUCAGCAGAUGGAUGGACAUGCUCUGGGGCUCCUUCCUCAUAGUAACGGGCAUCCCUGGCAACGUACUGACCAUUAUGGUGUUCUAUAAACGUCCGGUGCGAGUGCGCAUGAUCAGCACGCUCCUGGUGUGGCUGUCCGUGGUCAAUCUGACCGUUAUUACCAACAAUGUGGCUCGGAGAGUAGUCAUUGGUGUCACUUCCAGGGAUAUCCGGACCUUCAAUUUUGCCAUUUGUGUGAUCCACAAAGGAGUGUCAUACGUGAACAUCUUCGUGGUCAGCUGGCUCCUAGUCCUCAUCCAAGCCAUUCGCUUGGCCUACAUCAUCCACCCACGGCGGUAAAGUUA